AUGGAGGCCGCCGCUGCGGUUGUAAGUUUUGUAGGCCUGGCAGGUCCCGUUGCGCAAGGUCUAAAGUUCCUAUACGACUUCACCACCGACAUGAAAGACUGCCCAAAGGAUAUUCGCGAGAUGAAAACCGAUCUUGAGUUGGUGGAAGCCUUGAUCACGAACGUGAUUAAGCAAUGCAACGAACGCGACUUACAACUUCGAGAAAGCGUCGCGCUGGCGAAAGCGAUUGCCCGCGCUCAGGAAAGCGUUCAGGAUCUCAAGGAGGCGUUGGCUAUGUAUAUGAUGAAUGGGAAACACAGGCGGUUUAAGUUUGCGGCCAAGCUCAGCCAAACCCAAAAGCUCAGAACAAGCUUGGAUAGGACCAAAACCAUUAUGUUUGAACUCAAGAAUCAAUUGCAGAGUGAUAUUGUCUAUGACAUCCGCGACACGAAUCAGAAGAUCCUUAGAACAGUCGAAAAGACGAACAAAGAUUUGGAAACACACGACAGAAGCGUUCACCACGUCGCUCAACGACUCCAGAACCAGGCAAGAACCACGAAUCGUACCAUGGACACGAUCGGGCAAUCGGUGCAACAGGCGAGCGACAACUCGUCCGAAGAAUUGACAAACAUCAAGCUUGUGGAGAAGCAGCUCGAGCGCAUCACGGACUUGUUAGAGGGCACAACAAUCUCACCUUCGCCGAGUUCAACAACAUCAACACCUGCAUUAUCACGCGAAGUCAGUGAUUUUUCUGUGAUUUCGUCUCAGGAAACUAUCGCCACCAGCAUUGCGAGCUCUCCAAGCAUUUCGCGGUCAGUCUCGCAGAACCCACAACCAGUGGACAGCAUCUCCGAGCACCCCCUUCUGCAGUUCAGAGACAACCAGUUCCACUUCUUGGUCGCAUGCAUCUUUACGCAGCGUAGCCGCAACCAAAGGCUCGCUUGUCAACGCGCUUCAGAAUGUCUGGCAGCAUAUCCAACCCCAAUCGCACUUGCAAAAGCAUCAGAGCAAGCUCUCAGUCAAUACUUCGGUGGCAUAGGCUUGCAAAACAUGAAACCACCACGUUUGAUCGCACUAGCUCAAGCAUACGUUAGAGAUCCCCCGAAGGCAGGUGUCAAUCGUUCCAAGACAAAGAAAGGUUCUUGUCCUGAAUCUGAGAUUACGCAUUUACCAUGGAUCGGGGAGCAGUCGGUCAAUACUUGGUGGGUAUAUUGCUGCGAAAGGACGGAUGUAGCGACCAAAGAGAAGCCGCUGCUGGAAUACAUAGAGCAUCUGAAGGAUAGGAACGGAGGCGCUCCGUUCUCGUGAUUGCGUGUGUUGAGGCUCCAAAAUUGCGAACGGAAACAGACGCACUCAACAAUGGCUUCGAUACAGGCGCCAUCGAGGUUGAGGGCUGGAGGCUGACGAGGACUUUGACAUCGUUCCGCCUGGCGCAAUGGGGUUGCGAGGUUUUCAACCACG